GGUCACACUGUCGACAAUCAUAUGUAGCGCGUGUUGCACCGCUGCGCACGUUGUUCGUUCGAGCUGUAAUUUGGUUUAUUUUGAACAAUUAAAGGCACAAUGCAAACGGAAAGUACUGAUAAAAGAAAGCGUCCUAAAAAGAAAGGCAACCGCUUUAUGCGCAAUGCCAAAGGAUUCGCUAAGCAAGGCAUUUUCGGACGCGGCACGCACAUUGACGACGAUGAGUUCAACUACUUUAUUAACAUCUUGGAUGCCAUGAAAGCUGGUUUCGAGGAUGUCGAGGAUAGAGUUAACAUGGCCAACAAUGUAUUUGAGCAAACAGUAGAUAAGGAAAUACACUUGUCCUCCAAUCAAAUUGUGUCCAAAGCAAUUGAAUCUCUCAUUGGCUUUGUGGAUGACGCACAACUGGAGCGAUUCUUUGCCAAGUUCGGUGAGAGUUUGCGUCCCCUGUGUUCCGACCGUUUCGCGUCGCAUGUUUUACAGAAAAUGCUAGAAAUUGCAUUUCUUCGAGGAUUAGGAAAGGCAGCAGCUCUUGAGCAGUCCGAUGAUGCUCCCAAUGCUGCCAAACGGGCCAAACCCGAUGCAGCACAAGUUGAGGAGCAGUAUAAUCUGGAAACGGAAUUCAGCGAGGCCCAUCGUGAAAAGUGCCAGGAAUUUGUGCUGCGGAUAUCCAAGUUUAUGCUUAACAAUUUAGAAGACUUUGUGUGGGAUUCAUGCGCCACUCACAUCAUGCGAACCGCGAUACUUUGUCUGGUUGGCAUGCAUGUGCCGAAAAUAGCCUUCGAGAAGGGCGGCGCGGAGCUGGCCAAGCAUCGCAAGUUGUACACUGUGCCCGAGGAAUGGCAUGAGGUCAUGAAGGAGUUUCCACAACGUUUGGAAAUGUGGCCACAGUUCGUUGACUUUCCCUACCAGGAGCAUUCGUCCGCCUUGCUGGGCGUCAUAUGCCUAUCGCUCAGCGUGGUGGACAAAAGCAUGUUGAAGCACUUUGGCAAGAAGAUAUUGACGCAAAGUUUGUUAAAGCCUCACGACGACGUUGAAGACGAUGACAAAAAAGAAACGAAAAUUGAGAUUGAUGAUGACGAUAACGAUGGUAACGCUAGUAAGGAGGAGCAGAUGGAGACCAAUGAAGCGACAGAGAAUGCCAAGAGUGAGCCACCGGUGAUACUACCGAAAGUGUUUCACUACCAGUGUGCUGUUAUUCUCCUCGAAACGCUGCUCAGUGUGGCAGGCGCCAAGUUGCUGACCCAGCUGUAUGCCAUGCUCUUUAGCGGACGCAUCGCUUACCUGGCACAGCAGCAACAAACCAAUUUCGCAGUGCAACGUCUGCUGCAGCACUUGAAGGAGGUGCCCGACUUUGAGGCGGUGUUUAAUGAGCUUCAGCCCCAGAUGGAGGAACUGCUUAAGAUGGGCUACACUGGCGUUGUAUCUGGCCUGUCGGCAGCUUGCUUGCGUUUGGGUGCGAAGCAGGCACAAAUGAUUUCGGCCCUUCAGAACGCUUUGCAUGUCUCUGGGGACAAGGAGAAAUCCAAAAUGUUCUUCAACUGUCUCGUUAAACUGAAACCACAUGAGUUGUUGGCUGGCGACCAGUCGGGCUUUGUGCAUCUGCACGGUUCGCUAAUAGUGCAGCAUAUCUUGCAGUUUAAUAAGCCCAUCUUUCUGGUCAAUUGCAUCCUGGAAUUGCCCGCUGUGCAGCUGUCGCAAAUCUUUAACACACCUAAUGGCUCCCAUAUUGUGGAUGCCUUCUUGCAGAGUAAAUACAUUGGCGAGAAGUCACGUGAACGUCUGAUACGUCUGCUGGAUGGCUUCUAUGUGGAUCUGGCCAUCACUCGACAUGGCUCGCGUGUGUUGGAUCAGUGCUUCAAGGCGGCACAGGAAACACAAAAGCUGAAUAUUGCCAAGGAACUGAGUAAUAAGGCCAAUAUGUUGAAGGGCUCGCCAUUUGGCCGCCUCAUCUACACAAAAUAUCGUUUGGAUACCUACAAAUUGUCGGCCAGCCAAUGGCAGGCUAGUUUGGGACAGCAGCUUCAAAAGCAGGAAGAUGAGAAGGAGGGCAAGUCGAAGAAGCGGUCUGCGAAAACAGCGACCGAGUUAUUUAAGGAUAUUCUUACGCAAUAAAUAGAUUUCGAUUUUUAAUUUACAAACUCAAUAAUAUUUACGUUAUUCACAAACAAAUUGGCUAGCACCUAACUGU